AUAUUUAUAGUAUUUUAUAAAUAUGUAGGCAGUUUAGAAAAUAAUCAGUACGAAUUUAGAAAGCCUAGCGUCUAAAUGCAUCUCUAAUGGAACACAAUAAUUUUCUCUAUAGUUCAUUCUAAAAUAGAAUAACUCUAUUAUAUAGUUGGAUUUGAUUCAAUGGUUCACUUUAUAAUAGAGUAAAAAAACAACAUUACUUUGUAUUCCACUCUAUUAUAUAAUAGCUAUAUUAUUGAGUGAACUAUUUGAGAAAAUUCAAAUUAUUUUAUUUUAGAGUGAAAUAAAAAAAAAUUAUUAUGUACCAUUGGAGAUAGUCUAAGCAAAACUUGUGCGUCCGACACUAGUUAAAAAAAUACUGAAAACAUAUAUUAUAUUUUUACAUUUAAGUUAAAACUAAAUGACUUAUUUGAAUAAUCUUUCUAUUAUCUACUAAAUAUUUUUUUUACAUGUAUGCUACAACUAAAUUAGUUAUUCGAAUGACUUUCUAUCUACCAAAUUUGAUUUAGUUUAUGAAGGUUGUUGGAAAAAGAAAAGACAAGUUCCCACUGAAUAGUCAUUUACAUUUGGUUCAUCCUAGGUAUGACCAACCCCUUUUGGGUCCCUGGCGUGACUAUAGUCUUAAGAAACUAAUGGUAGAGUUUAAUUAAGAUUUGUACAAAAAUACAAAGGUUCCAAAUGGUGACUGCGGUUCUACAAGCGGUUCAACUGCGGUGCGGUUUUAACAGUUAUAAAAACGUAUAAAUAUAUGAUAUAUGUAGAGAUUUUUGUUACUGUUAACUGCGGUGCGGAGCAGUUGUAAACAUUGCCAAAGAUAAUAUUUUUGUUCAGAACCUAACCCAACGGUUUCAGCCAUACCUAUACACAAUGUCAUAUACAUAUUACAGAUAAGUACUAUUGGAGAGACAGAGACAUAUCCAGUUUCUGUAAGAAUCAUCUUCCCCAAAGCCACCAUUGCGCCUCUACACACAAUCAGACCACCAUCCCCACCCCCACGGCCGCUCCUGCAGCCGACAUCCAUGACUUCCUUACCGGUCCGAGCGCCGUCGCUGGUUUCUUCCCGGAGAAUCUUCCAGGAGAAACUCCACGAACUUCCCAGGUGCGCCAAUUUAGCCCAAGUAAAGCAGCUCCACGCCCAGAUCAUUCGCCGAAACCUUCACCAAGACCUAAGCAUCGCGCCGAAGCUAAUCUCCGCUCUUACUCUCUGCCGUCAAUUAACGUUAGCCGUUAGGGUUUUCAAUCAAAUCCAACGACCCAACGUCCAUCUCUGCAAUUCGAUGAUUAGAGCUCACGCUUUAAACUCUCAGCCUCACCAAGCUUUCUCCUUUUUCUUCGAGAUGCAAAGAUUCGGCCUUUACGGUGAUAACUUCACGUACCCUUUUCUCCUCAAAGCCUGUUCGGGCCAAUCUUGGUUCCCUGUGGUGAAGAUGAUACACACCCACAUCGAAAAAUUGGGGCUUUGGUCUGAUAUUUACGUGCCCAAUGCGCUUAUCGAUUGCUAUUCGAGGUGCGGUGGUUUGGGUGUUAAAGCGGCGAUGAAGCUGUUUGUGAAGAUGGGGGAGAGGGACACUGUGACUUGGAACUCGAUGCUUAGUGGGCUUGUGAAGGCAGGGGAGUUGAGGGAUGCGCGGAAGCUGUUCGAUGAAAUGCCUCAGAGGGAUUUGAUUAGCUGGAACACGAUGUUGGAUGGGUACGCGAGGUGUAGAGAUAUGAGUGAAGCGUUUGAGCUGUUUAAGGUGAUGCCUGAGAGGAGUACUGUAUCGUGGUCGACGUUGGUGAUGGGGUAUAGUAAAGCUGGGGACAUGGAAAUGGCGAGGAUUAUGUUUGAUAAGAUGCCGGUUAAGAAUGUGGUCACGUGGACUAUUAUCAUUGCUGGAUAUGCGGAGAAGGGGCUUGUAAAAGAGGCUGAUGAGUUAGUUGAUGAAAUGGUGAAUGCAGGACUGAGAUUUGAUGCUGCUGCUGCUAUUAGUAUCUUGGCUGCUUGCGCUGAGUCUGGUUUGCUCAGUUUAGGGAUGAGGGUUCACUCCAUGAUAAGAAUGUCUAACCUCAGUUCUAAUGCUCAUGUGUUAAAUGCGCUACUUGAUAUGUAUGCCAAGUGUGGGAGCAUAGAAAAAGCGUUUGAUGUGUUUAACAACAUGCCCAAGAAGGACCUUGUCUCUUGGAACACUAUGCUUCAGGGUCUUGGUGCUCACGGCCACGGAAAGGAAGCGCUUGAGCUAUUUUUGAGAAUGGGAAAGGAAGGGGUUCGUCCGGAUAAAGUCACGUUCAUUGCUGUUUUGUGUUCAUGUAAUCACGCAGGUCUCGUCGAUGAAGGCAUAGAUUACUUCUACUCCAUGGAGAAACUGUAUGGACUUGUUCCAGAAAUCGAACACUACGGUUGUCUUGUUGACCUAUUAGGUCGAGGUGGGAGGUUAAAGGAAGCCAUCGAGGUUGUCCAAACAAUGCCUAUGGAACCAAACGUUGUGAUUUUCGGUGCUCUUCUUGGAGCGUGCAGGAUGCAUAACGAGGUGGACAUUGCUAAAGAAGUCCUGGAUCGUCUGGUUAGAUUAGACCCUUCUGACCCGGGGAACUACUCGCUGCUGUCAAAUAUUUACGCAGCAGCAGAAGAUUGGAAAGGGGUUGCUAACAUAAGGUCGAAGAUGAAGAGUAUGGGAGUAGAGAAACCAUCUGGAGCUAGCUUGAUUCAUUUGGAAGAUGGGAUACACGAAUUCACAGUGUUUGACAAAUCACACCCAGAUUCUGAUCAAAUAUACCAGAUGCUUGGUAGCCUAAUCGAACCUCCAGAUACUGGUGAGCUGGUUGCUGCUGGAUAACCUCUGCUUAGUUUAUUGUUUGUGAUACAGUAAUUUGGUCAAAGUUAAGGCCAUAUAUUUUGUAGUUCAUUUUCCAAAGGAACACAAAGAUGGUUUUAUCCUUGUAAUCCCCAAAACUAGAUGAGUUGGAGUGAUGUAUAUACAGCAUGAUUUAUUAAUAAUCUUGAGAUGGAUUUGAUUUUGCAA